CUGCUUCUUCGAAUGUGUAUAAACCUUGCGCCUUUUCAAAGCUCCAUCACAUCAGUGAUUUCGUUUUUGUCCUCGCAACGUCCCUGCAAGCGUGUUUUCUAGAAGAGGAAGAAAAUGCCAAUGGGGCCAUUGCCGGGGGCAGAGUUGGUGCAGAAACCGUUGCAACUCUACCGCUACUUGCUGCGUUGCUGCCGCCUCCUGCCCACGAAAGACAUCCAGGCGCACUACAAGCAUGCCAUCAGGCAGAGUUUCCGGGUCCACGCCGAUGAAGACGACCCCGAAAGGAUUCAGCAGAUAAUUCGAAGAGCCGUCGAAGAUGCCGACUGGGUCAUGAAUAAAUAUAAGAAGCAGAACUAAGAAGCCGGUGAGGAAGACGACGAUCCCAAAUGUCCAAACCUAAAUCCCCGCUGGGGCAGCGACCAGGGCCGCGAGAGAUUGGGGGUCACCACCAUAACUAAAGGCACGGUCAGCUGAAAAGGCAAGACAGGAGAAGGCAGGUGUCCGGGCUUUCCCUCCCUCCCAUCCACUGCCCGAUCAAGGUUGCCGCCCGUUAAAAUAUCUCUCCACCUGGCCUUCCUGUUCCGCGUGAAGGCGUUUGGGGAUCGAUGGCGUCUUUAGCUUCCAAAAUCUGCCUCCUUGGUGGGCUGCCCGUUGUGAUUCUUGGAAAUUAGCUUUCUAAUGGAGCCUAAUUAGGAGGCAUCUAAUCAAUUAGGAGGCUUCCAUUAGCGGACGGCUAACUGGUUGAGACUAGCUCACCGUACCUGCUCCAAACCAUUACCCCACAAACGCUUCGCAGCCGGCUCUCGCCUUGGACUGAGUGAACGGGAAGAGGUUCGCGUCAGCGAGGACGGUAGUAUUGAAAAUGGAACGCGGGCAUUACGUUAAUAGUGAAAAUUAAAUAAACGGACCGGCCUCUGAAA